AUGUCUUUGCAUCAAGUGGAGCAGCAGCAGCCGCCGCGGCAGCAGCUGCAGCAGCAACUGCAGCAGCAGUUACAGCAGCAGCUGCAGCAGCAGCAGCUGCAGCAGCAGCAGCUGCAGCAGCAGCAGCUGCUGCUGUCCCCACAGAGCGGCUUCGCCUCUCCUACUACUCCGUCCCAGAAGCCCUCAAGCGACUGCAGCGAGGAGGACGAGUGUCUCCCGUCUGCUGCUGCUGCUGCUGCUGCGGUCUUCGCUGCUGCAGCAGCCUGCCUCACCUGCAACUGCCCACCCGAGGGCAGCAGCAGCAGCAGCAGCAGCAAGUGCUGCUGCAGCUGUCAC